CAAUCCAACAGUGUCUCACUAACGGUCGGUGAAACUCGAAUGCAUAGAUAUCUUCUGUAAAAACGUAUCCUGUGUCGAGGAGGCAGGAGGCCGAGAUUGGAUCUCCGACGCCCUCGUUGCCGUUGCAGAUCCGAGAGGAGAAAACCUAGCAAUGCCAAAAUCACUUCUUAGAUUUCGAAAAGCUAAGUAGAAGAAGACGACGAAGAAGAAGAAGUUGGAAGAAUGGCUAAGCAAAGUAGUGCUUGGGUGGGGAUGCAGAAGAAUAGGUGGGCGUUGGUGGUUUUGGCGCUGUUUUCACUUUCGACGGCGAUGGUGUUCUUCAUGAGAACUGCUUUCGAUUCGUGUAGCGCCGGUGCCGGCAAUGACUUCGGAGAAGGAAAAGGGAGAGAGGUUGAGGCUAGCUCUGUCGGUCGAGUGCGGAGUGAGGAGCCGAAUCCUCUGGGGUUUAUGAAAUCCAAGCUUGUUCUCUUGGUUUCUCACGAGCUUUCUCUCUCUGGAGGGCCAUUGUUGCUAAUGGAACUGGCGUUUCUGUUGAGAGGAGUUGGUUCGGAGGUUGUUUGGAUUACAAACCAGAAACCGGCGGAAUCUGACGAGGUGAUUCACAGUCUGGAGCGUAAGAUGCUCGAUCGAGGAGUACAGGUAUUCUCUGCAAAGGGUCAAAAGGCUAUAGAUACAGCUCUUAAAGCGGAUUUAGUUGUUCUUAAUACUGCGGUUGCUGGGAAAUGGCUUGAUGGUGUUUUGAAGGAAAAUGUUCCUCACGUUCUUCCAAAGGUUUUGUGGUGGAUUCAUGAAAUGCGGGGACAUUAUUUCAACGUGGAGUAUGUUAAGCACCUCCCUUUUGUUGCAGGUGCUAUGAUUGAUUCUCAUGCAACUGCUCAAUACUGGAAAAACAGGACCCAGGAACGAUUAGGGAUUUCAAUGCCUAAAACCUAUGUUGUACACCUGGGGAAUAGCAAAGAACUUAUGGAAGUUGCUGAAGAUAGUGUAUCCAGAAGGGUUCUCCGAGAGCAUAUCCGGGAGUCCCUUGGAGUGCGGAGUGACGAUCUACUCUUUGCCAUCAUAAAUAGUGUUUCACGUGGAAAAGGACAGGAUCUAUUUCUCCGUGCCUUCCAUGAAAGUCUGCAAGUCAUCCAAGAAAAGAAAUUGCAGGUUCCAUCUAUGCACGCUGUGGUGGUGGGAAGCGACAUGAAUGUUCAGACAAAGUUUGAAACAGAGCUGCGUAAAUUUGUAUUAGAGAAGAAAAUUCAGGAUAGAGUUCAUUUUGUGAAUAAAACCCUGACUGUAGCUCCUUAUCUGGCGGCCAUUGAUGUUCUUGUUCAGAACUCUCAGGCCCGGGGAGAGUGUUUUGGAAGAAUAACUAUUGAAGCAAUGGGUUUUCAGCUACCUGUAUUGGGGACAGCAGCUGGAGGAACCAUGGAGAUUGUAUUAAAUGGCACGACGGGCUUCUUACAUCCCGUCGGUAAAGAAAGCGUGACACCACUUGCCAAUAACAUAGUGAAAUUGGCUACGCAUGUCGAGAGAAGGAUGACAAUGGGCAAACAAGGAUAUGAGAGGGUAAAGGAGAGGUUUUUGGAACACCACAUGGCUCAUAGAAUUGCUUUGGUUUUGAAAGAAGUUUUGGCCAGGGCAAAGAGCAGCAACAAUUCUUAACUCUCAGCCGCACUUCACAACGGAUGGUAUGUGAGAAGGCAGUUCAAAGCCUAAUUUUUUUUUUUUUUUUUUUUUUUU